AUGAUGUUGACUUCGGCACCGCCUGCUCCAAGUACUGAUGACUGUUCAUCGUCAACAUCACCUACAAACACAUCAGCAUCUGAAACAAACUCAAUUGAUAUGCUGACAACACUAUUAAAUUCAAACGCUACCGGGUUGCCACCUUCAACAAACGUUGCUAAGCAGGAGAGUUCUCCAAAAACUCAUCAAAUACCUACCAUAUUCUCUCCGGAAGCGGUCACAUUACUGCAAUUCAGCCAAAUAUUUCAAGCACAGCAAGCUGUGGCUCAGGUACUUCAAUUGAGAAUUUUUUUAAAAAGACUUCAAGCAGCGGCUCAUCAACGCCAGCAAAUUCAGCAGCAGCAACAACAGCCAGCGGCAUCGUCAACAACGCAAGAACGUAAACGAUCAUAUCCAUGCACGUUUCAAUACUGUGUGAUUUGCCAAAAAGACGUGCAUUCCUCGAAAUUACCAUGCCAUAUACGCCAGUGUCAUGUUGCGAAACCAAUGUUUCAGUGCCCAGCUUGUGAUUUCACUUCAACAUACUCUAAAAACAAUGUUAAAAGUCACAUGGUGUCAUUGCACGGCCUGGCUGGAGAUCCAAUUAGCUACAUGGACAAGUACGCAGGCCAAGUAGAAGAAUACAUGAAACUUUGCUUUCCAAACGUACGCGGACGAGGAAGGCCUAUGCAAGGACGUUCUUCCCCAAAAUCGCCAGUAAGCCCUAAUCGAAGGUUGUUACCGGGAAGAAAGGCGACAAUGACACGAUCCGACAUUCUUUCAAUACCCACAGCUUUCAAUCCAUUAAGAAAUUUGCGAUUCAAUCCAAUUCCAUCUAUAUUCCCUCAUCACAACAACAACAAUAAUGAUUUGAUGGUUCCGAAGUCGAGUAUAAAACAAGACGGGCAAACGGAGCAAAGCUCAUCGGCUCGAAUUCAAGCGUUUAAACCGGAUGAAUCGAUUCCGCCAAAAUACAUUGAUGUCGAUUUCAAUUGGUUUCUUUUGAAUGUCGUACAAACUAAGAAGACGGUCUUCGAUUCUACUUUGAACAUUGAACGCAUUACCAGGAAAAUUUCGGGACAUCUUUCUCCGAAAUUGCUGAUUGAUGAAAAAUUCCGUGAAAAAAUCGAAACCGUGCGCAGACGUGUAAACUUACAACUUUUUGAGAUAAUGUUUGCGAUUCAUAGGAUGGAUCACAAAGUACUUGAUAUUCCUCUAAUAGACCUACUUCUGGAAAUUACGCCUACUACAGUUGAUUCACAAAUUUUGAAAAACCUGAAAAGCGUCACAGAUCCAAAUGAAGAAUUUUUGUUAGCACUUACAAAAAUUGAAAACCUUGAAGAAAAAUUGCGUGCAGUGCGCAUUAUCAAUACAUUUUCAAUGGACAUUGACGCAAUUGAAAAAAGAAUCCAAAUUUUCACAAAUGUUUCUCAGUCAAUAAUUGACAGCUCCACUCUUCAAGAAGUUCUUCAAAUGAUUCGGGCCAUUCUUAAUAUUUCACUAUUCAAUGAUCCAACUUGUUCGACUGUUGGUGGAUUUUCAUUGAAUCAAAUACAAACGAUUUUAAAUACUACGACAAUUGAGCAAAAGUCGGUUAAGACUCAACUUCUUGAAUGUAUUCAUGAAGAUGUUAUUAAUUUUCGUGAUCUGGAUCAAAUAAUGAAAAUCAUAGAACCCGUCCAACAAGAUGGCGUCUUCCAAUUACUUGAGGAUCUGUGCAUUAUUGAAGAGCGCUUAUUACGUGCGGAGCAAGAAGUCGAAAGAAAUGGACUUAAAAAUCAGCAUAAAGAAUUUUUCGAAACUUCAAAUGGAAAACUUGACUCCGUGAAACAAACUUUCUCUAGUAUGAAGAAGAAACUCAUCCAGCUAACUGCUUAUUUCGGGAACCCUUUACCGAGAAGUUUUGAAAUCGUUGAUCCAAACGAAACAUUCAACAGCCUACAAUUUCUGGUCGCAACACUCAUAGGGUGCUACUUCUAUUUUGGAAUUCAGCAAGAAAGAAUCGUUCAAGGAAAAUAUGAUGGCGGUGAAAAGUUCACGUUCACUCAAGCCUUAGUGUUUUUUCUAUGCACCGCCAACACUAUUUUCGCAUAUAUUUUUCGAAGGAAAAAAGAUAUUGACAACGUUCCAAUAAGAAUGUAUGCUGCAUCAGCCGCUAGCUAUCUCUUGGCAAUGAUUUGUAGUAACCAGGCCCUUCAAUAUCUUUCGUAUCCGACCCAAGUCUUAGCAAAGUCAUGCAAACCUAUACCGGUUAUGGUUUUUGGAGUGUUAUUUGCUCACAAAUCAUACAAUAUUCGAAAAUAUCUCUAUGUUAUCUUGAUCGUCGUAGGUGUUGCUAUGUUUCUUUAUAAAGAUAAAAAGUCAACUGUUGAAAACCAAUAUGGAACAGGAGAAGUACUAUUGAUUAUUUCCCUUGCAAUGGACGGAACUACCACAUCAAUUCAGGAUAGAAUCAACAAAAGCUAUCAAAAAACAUCAUUAUCAAUGAUGUUCUACAUUAAUUUAUAUUCAAGCUUAUACCUAUCAGCGGGGUUAGUUGUCACCGGAGAGCUCUACUCGUUUUUCAAUUUCCUUCAAAGACAUUCAUACGUAUUCUGGGAUUUGGUUUUCUUAGCCGCAGCAUCCUGCGGAGGGCAGUAUUUUAUUUUUAAAACUAUUAGCGAGUUUUCACCUCUUACAUGUUCUAUUAUCACCACAACUCGAAAAUUAUUUACGAUAAUAAUUUCGGUUAUUUUUAUGAAUCAUCCAUUGACUACUCGUCAAACAAUUGCAACAGGAAUCGUUUUUAGCGGACUAACGAUGGAUGCAAUUGAUGGAAAAAUUUCAGCUAAAAAACCUACCCAAGCUGAAGUCAAAGUUCAAUAA